AUGGCAGAUACAAGUGAAUUAGGGCACUCCGAGCUGGGAUACUCCCACGAUAACCUCCGUCAUGUGGUCAUCACGGCUACUUGCUGGGCACUUGUCCUCUCGACUUUAGCCGUAGUACUACGGCUUGUGUGUCGACGGAUGAUGAAGACCAAAUGGUUUCUAGAUGACUACUUGAUGAUAGUUGCGUUAGUAAGUCAACCAACUCUGGAUUAUACUCUCCCUUCAAUAAUUCUCACCGAUUCGCCAGUCCUCUAUAAUGGCCUCGGAACCCACAAAUAUUAUGUCCCGCCGGAUGAUUUAGAAGUCUAUAUGAAAACGCUGCCUAGUGGCACCUUCCUUUACCCUCUAUGUAUCACAUUCGUGAAACUGUCUAUCGUGACCUUCUACAAGAGACUCUUCCCCGUUAAGCCGAUGGCCAUAGCAGCGAACGUGGUCGGAUUGAUCGUGAUCUUGUGGUGCCUUGCCGUGUGCCUAGUCGGCGCAAUGACCUGCAUCCCCUUUCGCAAGCUAUGGCAGCCACAAGUCCCGGGGAGAUGCAUCAAUCUGGCACAGUUCUAUUAUGGUCUCCAGAUCCCAAACAUCCUCACCGAUGCCGUCAUCCUCGUGAUGCCCAUGCGAGUGGUAUGGAGCCUACAAGUGUCCCGAGCACGAAAGAUUAUCCUGUCCGGUAUUUUCCUCCUUGGCCUGGUAACAUUGAUCUUCGACAUCGUUCGCUUGGUGGCCAUGGUUGAAGUCUCAGAAGCCGGAAGCGAUAUUACAUAUGAACAAGUGUCCCCUAGCGUAUGGACCUGCAUUGAACCCGCCGUUGGCAUCACAGCAGCAUGUCUACCAAGCAUGCGUCCGCUCUUCAACCGCUUCCCGCGUAUUCCAUGGCAGAAGCUAUCACUACGCUCUAAUGAUCCCAGCGAGGAGAGAGUCAACAGACAGCCGCCGGAUAUCAAAUGUACCACCAUUGUUCGAGUCAAUAGUGAAAAGGUGGACACAAGUAGCUCGGAAUCCUCUAUUCUUGACCAACUGAUGCAUUUAAGAAUAGACUAA